AUUCCAUUUUAUUUGCAGCGCAAGAACAAAAAUUCCAUGACGAUGAGCUUGUUUCCCUAUAAAUACCCCGGCCACCGGGAGUGUGGUUACCACGCUCCAGUCCAGGUUCCCAUUUGCACACUUCAGUGCUAGCGCUCAUCUCAUUGCACCUGCGGUGUGCUGCGACCAUGGCUCCCGCCGACCUUAGCUCGCACGUCCACGCGGCCGCGGACGCCACACCCAAGUCCCCAGCCAAGCCGAAGCAAGAAGAGAUCAGCCCUGCGGCGGCCGCCGUCGAGGACGACGUGGAGGCGGGUGGUGGCAGCCUGAGCCCGGGCGGCGACGGCGUAGACUACGUAGCCCGCGCGCAGUGGCUCCGCGCGGCCGUCCUGGGCGCCAACGACGGCCUCGUCACCGUGGCAUCCCUCAUGAUCGGCGUCGGCGCCGUCAACGAGUCCAAGGACGCCAUGCUCGUUUCGGGCGUCGCGGGGCUCGUGUCCGGCGCCUGCAGCAUGGCCAUCGGCGAGUUCGUGUCCGUGUACGCGCAGUACGACAUCGAGGUGGCCCAGAUCGAGCGCACCCGCGGCGGCGGCGACGGUGACGGCAACGGAGGCAGCGGCGACAAGAGUAACCUGCCAAGCCCGACGCUGGCGGCGGGCGCGUCGGCAGUGGCGUUCGCCGCGGGCGCCGCGCUGCCGCUUCUGAGUGGCGGGUUCGUGCGGACGUGGGCGGGCAGGGUGGCGGCCGUUUGCGCGGCCAGCAGCGUCGGGCUUGCCGGCUUCGGCGUCCUGGGCGCUUACCUGGGCGGCGCGAGCGUGGUGCGGUCCGGGGCCCGGGUGCUCGUGGGAGGGUGGCUCGCCAUGGCCACCACCUACGGGGCGCUUAAGCUCUUCGGAGUGCACAGUGCUUAGGUGCUAAUUACGGGCAGAACUAUAUAUUUUGCCGCGGAAAUAACCGAGCCAAUGGAUUAGAAAACAAGGCUAGCAGAGUAGGGCUAGGUCUGUUGAUGCUUUACUUUACGAAAACAUAUCAUGUAAGUACUCCCUCCGUUUUUAUAUAUAAUUUAUGGUAUACAUUUAUUUAUUUUA